UUGAGGGGCUAGACCAAAAAAUUUUACCUCCUCGAAAAUCCGGGCUUCAAACAAAUUGUUAAAAAUAUCAUAUAUAUCACAUGUACUUUACACAACGUGAAGUACCUAAUUGCGUAUUAAUCAUUGACUAUUGCGUAUUUGUGGUCCAAUAAUGUGGAUGGCACAUCUGCGUUUCACAAUUUUGUGAUUACAUUAUGUGUCAUGUGUGAUGACUGAUAAACAGGGCGUACCUACAUUGCCGCCCCUGACUGGGGGUGGAAGUAACAAUGGUAGCGGCAGUGGUGGUGGACAACAGUCAGUCAGCCUGCAGCAGGUAUUGGCGACACAGGGGCUCAAUGUCAUCACGACUGGAGCUGGACAACAUCUUGUCCUCACCUCGCCGGUGCCUGGUUUUUCACAGGUCCUGCCAGCCUCAACAACAUCCUCGAGUCUGCAGCAGAUGGGUGUCACAAGAAUCGUAAACAUAAGUGGUGGCUCGCCACGUGUCAGUGUCGUGGGGGUAGCAAGUAGCAGUGGUACCCCCCUAACAUCUCCGACUCGUCAAAACUCCACAAAAGUAGUUCUGGCAACGUCCCCCAAACUCGUUCGAACAACUCUGGGUAACAUGUUUCUAACCCCAACGUCAUCGUCCCCACCAGUGAAAAAAUUAAAAUUAACUGAUUCAACUGAAAAAGCAACUCUUCUGGAUGACUCAGCUGGAUAUAGAAGGCGUAUCAUGGAGCACAAAAUGCGAAGAAUGCGUGCAAUACGUGAGAAAUAUGCCGAGAAUGCCAGUGAAUUGUUUUUUCUCAAUGCCGGUGGAAAUAUGAUGGAUUUUCAAACUUGGAAAAAACGAUCUAAUACACCACCGUAUUUGCAUUUUCUGAGGCAGCACAGGCUAGAUCCUGAGGAUGAUGACGAAGAUCUGACGCAACCAUUGCCUCCAGAGGGACCCAUUGUUCUCGGGGCGAGCGGACAGGGGGCAGAGGUCAAGAUCACUGCGAGUGGUGCCACUCCUGUCGCUGUUUCAACUACUCUGCCUGCUGCUGUUGCUCAACUUAGUCAAGGUGGAACUCCAAUCGUUCCAACCCCAGUGAAGUCCUCGCCACCAGUCUCCUCAUCACCAGUGACAGAUAAAACCUCACAAAUUCCCCAGAAGUCAUCCUUAAAUCCACCAACAGCCUCGUCCUCUCAACCAGUUGUUAAGCUAGUUAAAUUAUCAUCAACAGCCCCAUCUCCGUGUGAUAAUCAAAGUAAUCAGGAGCAAAUUGUUGAAAAAGCUAAGCAAGAGGCCUACGUUAUGCAGAGGAUAACAGAAUUACAGAGGGAGGGGCUGUGGAGUGAGAGGAGAUUGCCAAAGGUUCAGGAGCCAGCGAGAACGAAGGCACAUUGGGAUUAUCUGCUUGAGGAGAUGGUCUGGCUUGCUGCUGAUUUUGCACAGGAGAGAAAGUGGAAGAAAGCUGCUGCCAAAAAAUGUGCGAGAAUGGUGCAGAAGCACUUUCAGGAGAAGGCCAUUCAGGCACAAAAGGCGGAGAAACUUCAGGAGUUGAGGCUUAAGAAAAUUGCUGGAUUUGUCGCCAAGGAGAUUAAAACUUUUUGGGCCAACGUGGAGAAGCUGGUCGAGUUCAAGGCCCAAACAAGACUGGAAGAGAAACGUAAAAAGGCCCUUGAUCAACACCUAAACUUCAUAGUUGGUCAAACCGAGAAGUAUUCAACCUGGUUGACAGAAGGCUUAAACAAGACUGAUGGUGCACAGAGUGUUCCUGCAUCAAUGAAUAGCUCGAGAAUAUCGUCUCCAGUGCCAGGUGAUAAACAUUCGGAUGAUGAAUUCGAGCCAAAUCAAAGUUCUGAGGAUGAUGAGGAGACAAUAGCUAAAGCCGAAGAGGAAAUGAAGUCUAAUCACAAGGAGGAGGUGGAGCUAUUGAAGAAGGAGUCAGAGUUGCCACUGGAGGAUCUUCUGAAGGAGUUGCCACCCAAUUACCUGGAGGAAAGGGAUAAGAGUUUGUCGCCACGACCCGAAAGUCAGGAAGAGGAGAGCACUGCUGAUGGAGAAUUUCAAGUUGAUAGUAAUGAGUCCAGUGAUGAUGACGAGGACACAAUUAUGGAGCAGGAAAAGAGAGAGGGAGGAAUCGAUCAUCGGAAGGAGUUGGAUGAGUUGAAGGCUGAGAAUGAAAUGUCUGUAGAGGAACUCAUGGCUAAAUAUGGUGGUGCUGGGGCAACACCCAUGGAGGACGAUAGCGAUGAUGAAGAGUCAGGAAAGGAAUCCGAGAAUGAUGAGGAUGAAGACGCAGAGGAAAAGUCAGGGAGUGAGAGUGAAAGUGGAGAUGACAUCAAGGACAAUGACUCUCAGGACCAGAGUGACGAUGAAACUGGAAUUGGAUUGAAAUCGUUGCUCGAGGAUUUCUCUGGUGAUAAAUCAAUGAAAAACAAUGCUGAUGCCUCGCAGUCGGAGGCUCACAAUGAGAUGGAUGAUGUUGCUGCACUUGCUGAGAGCAUACAGCCCAAGGGAAAUACUCUCCUCACCACUAGUGUUGUCACAAAGAUUCCAUUCCUCCUAAAACACUCCCUCCGUGAAUACCAGCACAUCGGUCUUGACUGGUUAGUGACAAUGCACGAGCGUAAAUUAAACGGAAUACUCGCUGACGAGAUGGGUCUGGGUAAAACGAUUCAAACGAUAGCCCUCCUUGCUCAUCUCGCCUGUGAGAAAGGUAACUGGGGACCACACUUGAUCAUCGUUCCCACAUCAGUCAUGUUAAAUUGGGAGAUGGAAUGCAAGAAGUGGUGUCCAGGCUUUAAAAUUCUCACGUAUUAUGGAACGCAGAAAGAGAGGAAAGCGAAGAGAACAGGAUGGACAAAACCAAAUGCUUUUCACAUCUGUAUUACAUCUUAUAAACUCGUCAUUCAAGACCACCAGAGCUUUAGGAGGAAAAAAUGGAAGUAUUUGAUACUUGACGAAGCACAGAAUAUCAAGAAUUUCAAGUCUCAGAGAUGGCAGUUGCUCCUGAACUUCCAAACUCAGAGGCGGUUGUUACUCACUGGUACUCCCCUUCAAAAUAACCUCAUGGAACUAUGGUCCCUGAUGCAUUUCUUAAUGCCAAAUGUAUUCCAGUCUCAUCGAGAAUUCAAAGAGUGGUUCAGCAAUCCAGUGACUGGAAUGAUCGAGGGUAACAGCGAGUACAACGAAAAAAUCAUCCGUCGUCUUCACAAGGUACUUCGCCCCUUCCUCCUUCGCCGAUUAAAAUCCGAAGUGGAAAAACAACUUCCAAAGAAGUACGAGCACGUGGUGAUGUGUAGAUUAUCAAAACGCCAGAGGUUUCUCUACGACGAUUUCAUGUCACGAGCAAAAACGAAAGAGACAUUGGCCAGUGGAAAUCUUCUCAGUGUCAUAAACGUUCUCAUGCAGUUACGAAAGGUCUGCAAUCAUCCAAAUUUAUUCGAAGUUCGGCCCACAGUUUCACCGUUUCAAAUGGAGGGUAUUGACUUUGUGACGGCGUCAUUAGCCUGGCAAGCCCUGGACUACGAUCCCUUCAAGCACAUUGAUCUUAGUUGUUUAAAUCUUCGGCUAAUCGAUCUGGAGUUGACGUUGACUGCUUUUGUUGCUCACAGAGUGAGAAAACUUCAUACUCCAAAAAAAUUAAUUGAAGAGAUUGACAACCAACCUCCAGCACCACCUCGUUGUCCCUCAGGAAAAAUUAAAAUCAAUGUUAGACUUUCUAAUCAGGCAAAAGCACCACCCAUUAAUUCACAAAAUUCUCAACCCAAGUUGAGAAAUUUCACGGGAAUUCUGCCUAAUCCGAAAGUUGGAACUUCACCUCUGGUUAAGGGGGGAAAUAAUCAAGCUAGUCCUGGACAGGGAGUCACUCUCAAAGUCGCCAGUGGACAACAACUACAAGGGUAUUCUGUGCAACUUGUGCAGCACGCUGGCACUGUUAAAGCUAUACCAGUGGGUCUAUCUCACCCACCAACCUCAUCCGCCCCGACGACUCCCCAACGAAUAACCAUGAGCAACACGAAUCUCCGAGACGGUCUCCCUCGUCUAGCCACACAAACCGUAACCGUGAAGCAAGGGGACUCACUCCAGAGGAUAGCAGUGCCAAGUUUCGCCCAACUAGUGCAAACUUCUACUGGUAGACACCUCAUCAUCACCUCAAACACCCAAAACACAACUACCAUGUCCUUUCCAAUGGUAACCUCCAGUGGUCAACGCCUGACAGUUCUUUCUCCAAAGUUGACAAAUCUUUCCCAAAUGGUGACAUCAGUGGGUGGUCGACCGGUGAUGAGGGUUCCUCCACUUAACGUCACACCUCCCCAGCCUCCAAUUCGAUGUGAAAUUGUCACCCGGAGCUCCAAGGAGUCCUCGAAGAGGCCUUCCAAGGAGCCACCUAAAUCAGAAUUUCACCUACAAGAUUUGGACACCGAACGCUCGCACAGACGAACCUCAAAACUCCAAAUGAUAUCCACAAUAAAUGAGAGACGUUGUGCAGCAUGUCCACUCUAUGGUGAGGAUCUCUUCACAGCAUUGAGGAUUGAAAAACCAUCGUCUAGAUGUCGUUGGCACAAUGGUUGGCUCCAAUGUACCUCGAAAAAACUUCCCAGACGACGAAAAGACUAUUUCACCUCGACAGAAGCUUUAGCUGAGGCUAUCAAAUCAACAGAGCAAAUUGUUGAGGAACUACAAGUGGUCUUUGAGAGAUUUGUGGUAUACGUACCAGCUGUCAAUGCUCCACUCCCUAAGUUCCAUGUUUCUCAUCCACCUCCUCACAAACUCUGGGGCCAGAAAAGACUGGAGAAUGUCCUGGAUCGAGGAUUGAGUAAUAAAGUUAAGAUACUUCAUCCCAUUGCCAGGGCCAUGAGUACCCAGUUCCCAGAUCCCAGGUUGAUCCAGUACGACUGUGGUAAGCUUCAGAGUCUUGAUAGGUUAUUGAGACAACUGAAGACUGGGGGACAUCGUGUUCUGAUAUUCACACAGAUGACGAGAAUGCUGGAUGUUUUAGAGGCAUUUCUUAAUUAUCAUGGGCAUAUUUAUUUGAGGCUUGAUGGAGCGACGAGAGUCGAUCAAAGACAGAUACUCAUGGAGAGGUUUAAUAAUGACAAGAGGAUAUUCUGUUUCAUUCUGUCGACAAGAUCUGGGGGUGUUGGUGUCAAUCUUACCGGUGCUGAUACUGUUAUUUUUUACGAUAGUGAUUGGAAUCCAACAAUGGAUGCACAAGCACAGGACAGAUGUCACAGAAUUGGACAGACAAGGGAUGUCCAUAUUUACAGGCUUGUCAGUGAAAAGACUGUGGAGGAGAAUAUUCUGAAAAAGGCCAAUCAGAAACGAUUGUUGGGUGAUCUGGCUAUUGAGGGGGGUAAUUUUACGACUGCUUACUUCAAGAGUUCCACUAUUCAAGAUCUAUUUGAAGUGGAUAACGAAGGUGAUGCCAAUGUUAGAAUGGCGGAUGUGUUGGAGCAGCAUAGAGAGAGGGAGAGGGUGGUUAGGGAGGGAAUUGUUGAGGAGAAAAACGCUAUGGGAGCAUUGGAGAGUGCUCUUGCUGCUGCUGAGGAGGAUCUCGAUGUUCAGGCUGCUAGGACAGCUAAGGCUGAGGCUGUCGCUGAUCUUGCUGAGUUUGAUGAGAAUAUUCCUUUGGAAGAGGGCGAAAAGGAGGAGGCGCAGAUCAGCAAGGCUGAGAUGGAAGUUCAGAAUCUCGUUUCACAGCUGACCCCAGUGGAGCGUUACGCAAUGCGUUUCGUAGAGCUCUCAGAGGGAGCCUUCUCGGCAGCCCAACUAGCGGCAGCAGAGCGUGAGCUUGAACAACAAAAACGGGAAUGGGAGCUAGACCGUUUGCGUGCUCUACGUGAGGAGGAGGAGCGACGAAUGCGCCUAGCUGAUGAUGAUGAGAAGCCUCUCACCUUUAGCCGCGAGGACUCUCAAAAUCAGGUAUGGCUGUCGGAUAACACUAUGGAGCAAAUGCCUAUGUGGUGUCCACCAACGCCUCCAACAUCUGACAAUGACGUGUACAUAGACUAUUCCCUGGGUUUUCUCUACGAGAACACCCCGAUUCCCGAGUCCCAGCUGCCCCCAGUAUACACCAAGAAAGAUCCAAAGAGGCCAAGAGUAGAGCUCCCGGCGGAUCGUGAUGGUCGUGACGGUCGCAGACCGACGAAAAUACGUCAUAAGGAGGACUCUGUGUACGCCCCAAGAUCCCUCUUCGAUCGUCCCUCUUCAGCCCUCAUGAAAAUACGAAAGGAUAUGAAGCUUCACAAGUACAGAAAUCUUCCUCGUCCUCCAACCCAACUUCCAGGAUCCAGACCCCCUCUAUCACGUCCCACGACUGAAGCCGAUCACUUGCUGGAGUGGAUGGUCCACGAGGACUGGGCACUCCUCCAGGCGAUCCAGGUUUACCAAGGACUCCCCCUGAAUCUCGUCAUUGUGUCACCUGGACAUACUCCAAAUUGGGAUCUCGUUGCUGACAUUGUGAACAACACUUCCAGGAUCUAUCGAUCCCCCAAGCAAUGCCGGACUAGGUAUGAGACGGUUAUCAUACCUCGAGAGGAGGGCAAACUAAUGUACGAUAACACCCCCAAGAAGCAAAAGAAGCAGAAGGGGGGAAUGUACAAGAUUCCUCCAAUCACUGAGCAACAAGUCAAAGCCAAUAGACCAAUGCGUACAAGUCAACUUUACAAUCAGGACAAAAACAACUCCUUCACGAUGAUGUGCUGUCAGCGUUUCGAUACUAUCAAGACGAUUGGCAACAAACGUACAUCUGUGACAAAGCCAGCUGUUGUCAAUCCCAUGAUGAGAAAUCCCAAGCAUGCAGCUGUGUUGGCUGAGAAUGGAGUACAAUAUGACAGUCCACUAGCACCAAUCGACGUUGCCACAAGACGAGCUGAGAGAAUAGCCAAGGAGAAGCAGAAGAACAACGUCAAUACCGUCAUAACUCCCGAACAACAGCAAGCAGCAGCAGCCGCAGCAGCACGUCUAGCUCAAGCUCAACAGCAGCAACAACAGCACCAAUCCCCCCAACAACCUCCACCCACCCAAUCUCCUGUGCCCCCUCCCUCCACCACACAAACUCCUCAACCACAACCUCAACCACUAACCCCUAGUACCCAACUAUCCCAGCUACCCCCCACACCCCCAACCACAUCAAUUCCACCUCAGAAAUCUCUCCCUGCUAAUCCUACCACGAAUAACGCAAUUGUUACGGCUACGGUGAAGGCACGUUCGGGUGUUCUCACCCUGUCUGACCAGCGACAGGCCCCCACAGUCGUCAGUGUGGCUAAUCUUCAACCAGGGCAGCGUUCAGCCACAGCGAACAUUGUCUCCAAUGUGCAGAAUCCCACGGUCACUCAGAAAGGAAUCAUUAAUGUUCCGAUGGCGAGUGCCUCCACGAAGACCUUCACUCCAGCACAGGUACAAUUGUAUCGACAGCAGAUGCUGCUUCGUCAGCAACAACUCAAAGCAUUACAGGCUCAAGCCUCUGGACAAAAAGUAUCAGUAGCUGUCACAGGAGUCCAGCAGAGAGCUGCCACUCUGAUGAAACAAGGUGGUGUGAGUGUUGGAAAGCCAGUUACCAGGACCGUUACCGAAGCAGAGAUGGCCACCCUCCUGAAGCAACAAGCACUGCAACGUCAGCAACAACAGAAGACAGUCACGCAGGUGCAGGUACCCGCCCAGAUGACGACGCUAACACCAGCACAGUUGUUUGCCCAAGCAGGCCUUCAGCAGGCUGGUCCCUCGACAGGAACGCCCGUUGCAACACUCGUUAAAACUGCUAAUGUCACCGGAGUGAGAACAGCAACACCACAGCAGAUACGUCAGUUACAACUGCACUCGCAGAUUCUCACGCAGAGGAAGCUGCCAGGUCAGAAGGUGGCGCAAUUAGCUCAAGUCGCUGGCAAGACUGGUGUACAGACCCAGCUGAUUGUUCAACAGAAGUCACUGCCGGCAACAAUGACUGUUCAGCAGAUUCAGCAGGUGAUCAAUCGAGGAGUUCCACCUCAAGGGCUUCAAGGCUUCACUCAUGUUUCCACGGGACAAGGUGUAAGUCAACCUGGACAGAUGGUCUUGGCGAAGUCCCCUAUCCAAACUAGGGUUAUACCGGUCAGUGUUGCUGGGGGCAUUAAACAGGCUAUUCAAGUGGUAGCCGCAGGCAAUCCCCAGCUGAGACAAGCGACACCAUCCUCGGGGAAACCCAUCGUCACCACUGCUAGGGUCAGCCCUGGGCCGAGCCAGCAAGUCAGGUUACAGACUGUUCAUCAGGGAAUCCAUCAGCAGGGGCAAGCUCAGGGACAGGUACAAGGACAGGGACAAAACCAGGAUAACCUCCAAAAAUAGUUCUCUUUUUCCUUUUUUUUUUUUCAUUGCAAGUUCUUUGUUUUGGGAGGUAGCAGGUGGACUAGUUGAAUUCCAAACAUUCCAUGGGAUUUUGCGGGAGAGUCGACGAUUCCUUUGUUUAUUUUUCUUUUGAAGAUGUCGAUUGAUGUCCAUAGAUGGUUUGGUUACAUAACGGUGAUCCUUCAAUGUAUUAUAUUCGUGUAUCAUAGAUUCAAUAAAUAGAUAAUUAAUAAUAAUUA